AUUACUUCCGUUUGAUGUGUCGCUGUAACUUGACAACUCAGAAUAUUGAUACUGCGAAUCUAUUUCGACGAUACAGGGAACUAUGAUGAGGGAGAGGGAGGAUGAGGAGACUCUCUUUGACCAGGAGACUCUCCUCAGUACAGGAUCGGUCAAGUUCGCAGGACGGUCAGAUUGGUGCCGCAAAUUCACCAAAACCAUUGUUCUAUCUGGGGCCUUCUUUGCUUUGGGUCUCUGUAUAGCAAUACCUGGUCCAACUCUCCUUGACCUUGGUGCAAGGGUCAAUACCGACACAGAACACAUUUCGCUCAUCUUCACUGCCCGAUCACUCGGUUACCUCAUCGGGUCAGUCAUUGGAGGGUUCCUGUUUGACCACUUUGACCAGCAGAUCCUGCUCUUCUACUCACUGUUCCUGACGGCGAUCGCAACGGCAGUGGCCCCAUGGUGCGUCUCGCUCUCAGCACUGGCUAUCAUGAUCUCAUUCCAAGGUAUCUCCAUGGGUGUGCUUGACACAGGUGGCAAUGUCUUCUGUAUCAAGAUAUGGGGGAGAAAGAGUGGCCCCUACAUGCAGGUCGUACACUUCGCAUUUGGCAUGGGAGCCUUUGUGGCGCCACUUCUCGCACGACCAUUCCUCAUCAAUCAGGACCUUUUGGCAGAAACUAACCGCACAAUCCCCAACAAUGGACUGCCUUUGUUAACUAACCUGCCCCAUACGUCACUACUUCGGGCUGACCUGGAGAAUCCACAUGAUAGAUAUCUACGAGAUCUGUCUGCCAGUAUGAAUGUAUCAGAAUCAACUCAGAGUUCAACAAUGGUGACGCCACUUUCUGAAAUAUUGGCCUUCAACACUUCUUUAUCACCUACGACCACCCAGGAGACCCAGAAGCCUAAGAAACCUAAGAUUAUUAAUUCAGGGGCGUUUAAGAAAGACAAUGCUGAUGGUGAUAACCUGAAGGAUGUGAAUAAAGCGGGUGCAGUUGUUGGUCCUGGUGAUCCUCCAGAGGCUGGUAAAACUGUCAAUCCAGUAUCAGACACACCCCCGGGUGUUGUCAGUCUAACAUCUAAUAUUUCAGCUAAUGGUACAGGUGGAGGUCAGAAUGAAACUGAUAUUCCGGGGUCAUCGACAACUUUUACAGCAGUCUCUACGUCAUUAGUCCCGCCAGUGACCUCAAAUGAGAACGGGACACUAUCUAAUACUACAACAAAGACCACCACCUCAACCACCACGACACCAGUGCCUACUACUACUGCUGCCACUACGACUAUAAGUUCUACCACUACUACAACAACAACCACAACUACAACUACCACCACCACCACCACCACUACUACAACUACUCCAACUAUCCCAGCUUCAAAAGCUCCAGCAUCCUCGUCACCUUCUGAAGGUUCAAAAACAAAUCCUGAAAGUACUCAUACUAAAUCUAAUCCUCUAACCACUACACCCACUGCAGAAACUACUAAUAUAAAUGAGACGCAAGCGGAAUCUACAGUAACUAUGACAACAGACAAACCAAAGAAGCCCUUGACAUUUGGCAGCAAAGUUGGGUCUGCCUUGAAGUCGUUGGUCAACAUGUCCAAGAUUCAGUUUGCGUACUUGAUCAUUGGAGUCCUUCUGGUAGUGAUUGCAAUUAUGUUCCUUAUUCUGUACUGCCAGGAUCGGAACCGACCAUCCAUAUUCACACGUGACGAAGAACAAGAUGGGAAUUAUGGAAAGGAAUCUCGAGGUUACAGACUUACGAUGCUCCUCCUCCUCUUCAUCUUCUUCUUCAUCUACGUUGGCAUGGAGGUCACAUUCGGAGGUCUUUUGUCUACGUUUUCAUUUGAAAAAAUGCAUUGGGACAAACCGAAGAGUGCUGUGUUGACUUCCAUUUUCUGGGGCUCCCUAGCUGCUGGUAGAGGAUUUGCCAUCUUUAUUGCACGGUAUUUCAAACCACCCUGUAUGCUUGUAACAAACCUGGUAUUUUUGUUAAUUGGUUCUGUAAUCUUAAGUUUUGGCAUUGGGCAUGUCCCUUACAAUCUGUGGAUCGGAACUCUGAUACUCGGAUUCGGAAUGUCCUCUAUUUUUCCAACCGGGGUGUCCUGGGCCGAUCAGUACUUCCCUCUAACUGGAAAAUCUACGGCAGUGUUCGUUGUUGGCUCUGCUCUUGGAGAAAUGCUGAUCCCAGUUUUAACAGGGUUGUUGUAUGAGAAGAAGGAGAAGAUGAUGCUGAUGUACAUGAUGCUGGUGUUGGGUGUCAUGCUCGGCGUCAUUUAUGUUGUCAUGCAGUGUUUUGCGACAAGGCGAUGCAAGUUUACAGCGACUGCUCGCAACGGUUUUGUGCCUUUGCAAGAUGAUGAAAAUAUUUCCAUGGACACACUUGAGGAGCAGAACUUUGAGGGAUCCGGACUCCUCGAGACGUCACGACACCGUCCUGCACGAAAACAUCCCAAACCUGCAAACAUGGAACUAGAGUACAGUCGACUUGUUGAUAUUGAUGACUGAUCUGUUUGUCAUAUUGUCCUAAUUUUGAAGUGAUAUGAACCUGCAUAUAUACAAAUAUUACAGAUUUAUGAGCAUGUAUGUUGGGAGAGAAUGAAGCUUGGAACACGUGUCCUGUGGAAAAGUGUCAAGUGAUUCUUAAUGGUCAUGUAUUGACUAAGAGAUGACUUAGUUACCGGUGGUAAUGUUGCAGAAUAGUUUAUCGGAAAUAUCAAGAGUUUCAUGAAAAUGUUUGUCAUUUAGAGAUUAUGUUUUACCUCUCAAGCCCGAUCAAUGUACCUUUUGGUUUUACUGGUUUCUUUCCUGGUAAUUUGCCAAGUGUUUGGACAAAAAAUCAUAUUUAUAUCUAAAGAAACUUUAGAGUAGGCUUAUUUGUAAACAUGAAAUAUAUAAUCUGGUUUUGAAAUCGAAAGAAAAAUGAAACUUGCAUUUCUGCUCAGCUUUUGAAGACCCACAUGUCAUUAGUUCACAGAAUGUGAUACAAGAUUUUGGCACCAGUCUAACAGUUUAUUUCUGCAUUCUGCAACUUGUAUUGUGCACAUUUACUGUUACAAUUUUUCCACAACAGAACUGACCUCAGGAGUAUUUCAAGUGAACAUCAUUUAUUGAAAGCAUUUGUUUGAAUGGAAAUGGAAGAGUGUUUCAUGUCUUUUUUUGCUGUAACCAUGGUUACAAUUACAAAUAUCAAAUGAUUAUAAUCUCAAACAUGUUUUACCAUUCAUCAUAUGUUUAACCAAAUUUGGCACUGGUGUGAGAUGAUAUUGGUUUUUUUUGUGAGUUGUAGACCAUACUAAUGUGGUGAAUUUUGUUAGAGGAAUGUACUUAAUGAUGGUAUCAUCAUGAUAAUCUACCCACCGAUUCUUGGGUUAAAUUAGUGCUGGUAUUUUGCGUGUUAAAAAUUGUGUGCAUACUAGUGCUUGACUAGUUCUACAUCAAAGCAAUCAUUUAUAUAGUUUUGAACUUAGGGUUGAUGGUAGUCCCUAUGUCAAUCUUUUAAGUAUUAGAAGCCUAAGUUUGCCAUGUCUACGCAGGAGGUCUUAAACAUUUUAGGCCACAUACCCCAAAUCACUUUUUGAAAACAUACGUUGGAAAUUGAGUUUUUAAAAUGUAUCAUGCAUUUCAGUAAUACAACAACUCCAGUCUCAAUGCAUAAUUGUAAAGUGUAGAAUGGUUUCGAGGACAAGCUCCCAAAAAUGUGUAACUUUGGAACAAAAAGACCUAACGGUCUAGCUAGAUCUAAAACAUGAACCUGAUCUGGAAGUAGAACCAUGUAGCUUGCAGAAUAAUAUGAAAUACUUUGGGAUUAAGCUGAUUCUAAUGACCACUUCGUGAUAAAAGACGAAGAUCUGUUUAUGUUGCCUACAUGUUAGUGAUUAUUUUUGUGUGUAUUUUUGUGAUACUUGCAACGUCUGCAGGCAAAGAAUAUUAAUUUGGAAUUAUAGCAUUCCUUAUGUCAAGUACUUUGACAAAUACUUGAACACUGAUAAAGUUGUCAUUGGCAUGUCCAAGUUUGAUGGAGCUGGAAUAUAUGUUCAUGUUACAUUUGUUUUUGACUGGAACUGAAUGUCAUUGCCAAUGGAGAAUGUGACAUCCCAGCAUCGAUCUAAUUAAGAUAAAGUCAUAAUCAAUCAAGAUAAUGCACUCCAAUAUCUUGAGGAAACAAGGAUUUCCAAUCACAAUCAAAAAGAUGGAUGCAUGGACAAUUAAAUUGAAAUUCUCUCUAACAACUCGAUUUAGAAAUAGCCACCACAGUAUAAAAGCACAGACUUUGUUAUUUCCAUUUGAAACUGACAUGUUUGUUCAUUUUCGAGAUGCUGAAAUCUGAUGAGCUCCACUGAAUAUUUUCUCACUUGUUCUUGGAAUUUAGAAGUUUUGACAAUAUUUGACUGAUUAUAAAGCUCAUAAGAUAUGAACAGUUUGUCAGAGAGGUAUCAUAUUAAAGUAAAGUUUAUAUAUUUAAGAGAUUGUCUAAAUCAAGUUUUGAGUUUCAUCAACCAUUUGACAAGAUUGUUGAGCUGUUAAGUAUCACGUAGUGCCAUAUUGCUGGAAGACACAGUGUAUGUAUGUACGUUGCUUGUGCCAUGCUGUUUGUGUUCCUCAUCCCAAGCAGAUUCCUAAACUUCCAUCUUGCUCAGAAAUGAAACAAAGGGUUUCAUGUCAACCCAUUUGUCUUGUGUAUAUGUCAUCAUGCCCUACUUUAUCAUUUCAUAAAAGAUAACCAAGCCCAUAUUAGCUUUAUACCUGUCAAAAUAUUCUGAAAGGGGAAGUAACUCUACUUUUUGUCAUUUUUCCUCUGUUAAGCUCUUUGAUUUUUAAAAUGCUUUCAGACUCUAUAUGCUUUCCCCAUAACACAAUAUUUCUCCUUUGAGUUGUGCAUUCUGUUGGAAAGGUUUCUUUUUAAUAGUGUUGAACUUUGCUGCCAAGCCAUUCUGAUCAGUAUUGUGACUCAUAUGUUGUUCUUUUUGUAUGUUACUUUCUCACCUGUAUUUUCAAUCCAAAAUAUUUUGUUGUUGCUUUACCUUCUUUGAUUUCUUCAUAUUUCCUGAUAUUUCACCAUCAAUGAAGCAGGGUAAAUCUCCAUUCUUUCAUGAUGAAUACUUAGGACCCAUUUAAAUACAAUAUGGUCAUUUGAGCCAGAUUGAAAACACUGGAACCUAAAGAAGCCAUCCAAUAGAAUUUACCCGUAAUCAUGUAUGUGACGACAGAUGCUUAUGGCAGUUCUGAAGUCAACCAGUAACCAAUAGGUCAUGUGUAUUUGUCAUAGCAGAGAUAUUAUACCCUUGAACACCGAGGAUGAUGCUCCUUCAGAAAUUGCGCAUUGAGAU